UCGGCCUCUCUUCAUCGCUCGGCGAUGCCCCGGGCGCAGGCGGAGCCUCUUGGCGGCUGAGCGGCUGCGCGGAGGCGGGACUUGCGGCGGGAGGCUGAGCUACAGCCGCAAGAGCCCGAAGCUGCCCCGGAGCCCGAGCCCGCCGCAGAGUCCUGAGCAUGCUGCGCCCCCUGGUGCCCCGGCUCCUUUGCCUCCGUGUCCGGACCGCCCCAUACUCUUCCGCGGCCGCCCUUCCAAGUCCCAUCCCAAACCCAGACAUCCGCUACAACCAGCUGUUCAUCAACAAUGAGUGGCAAGAUGCCGCCAGCAAGAAGACCUUCCCGACAGUUAACCCCACCACGGGAGAGGUCAUUGGCCACGUGGCCGAAGGGGAUCGGGCUGACGUGGAUCGGGCAGUGAAAGCAGCCCGCGAGGCUUUCCGCCUGGGGUCUCCAUGGCGCCGGAUGGAUGCCUCCGAGCGCGGCCGGCUGCUGAACCGCCUGGCGGACCUAGUGGAGCGGGAUCGUGUCUACCUGGCUUCACUGGAGACGUUGGACAAUGGGAAGCCUUUCCAGGAGUCCUAUGCCUUGGACCUGGAUGAGGUCAUCAAAGUAUACCGGUACUUUGCUGGCUGGGCUGACAAGUGGCACGGCAAGACCAUCCCCAUGGAUGGAGAGCAUUUCUGCUUCACCCGCCACGAGCCUGUCGGCGUCUGUGGCCAGAUCAUCCCAUGGAACUUCCCCUUGGUCAUGCAGGGCUGGAAACUCGCCCCGGCACUGGCCACUGGCAACACAGUGGUCAUGAAGGUGGCAGAGCAGACCCCCCUUUCUGCCCUGUACUUGGCCUCCCUCAUCAAAGAGGCGGGCUUUCCCCCUGGGGUGGUGAACAUUGUCACCGGCUACGGCCCCACGGCAGGUGCCGCCAUCGCCCAGCACAUGGAUGUCGACAAGGUGGCCUUCACCGGCUCUACUGAGGUGGGCCACCUGAUCCAGAAGGCGGCUGGCGAUUCCAACCUGAAGAGAGUCACCCUGGAGCUGGGUGGGAAGAGCCCCAGCAUCGUGUUGGCCGACGCGGACAUGGACCACGCCGUGGAGCAGUGCCACGAAGCCCUGUUCUUCAACAUGGGCCAGUGCUGCUGUGCGGGCUCCCGGACCUUCGUUGAAGAAUCCAUCUAUGACGAAUUUCUUGAGAGAACGGUGGAGAAGGCUAAGCAGAGAAGAGUCGGGAAUCCCUUUGAGCUGGACACCCAGCAGGGGCCCCAGGUGGACAAAGAGCAGUUUGAACGAAUCCUGAGCUACAUCCAUCUUGGCCAGAAGGAGGGGGCACAACUUCUCUGCGGCGGGGAACGUUUUGGGGAGCGCGGUUUCUUCAUCAAGCCCACGGUCUUUGGCGGCGUGCAGGAUGAUAUGAGGAUCGCCAGAGAGGAGAUCUUUGGGCCUGUGCAGCCCUUAUUUAAAUUCAGGAAGAUGGAGGAGGUGAUCGAGAGGGCCAACAACACCAGGUAUGGCUUGGCUGCCGCCGUGUUCACCCGGGAUCUGGACAAGGCCAUGUACUUCACACAGGCGCUCCAGGCCGGCACGGUGUGGGUAAACACCUACAACAUUGUUACCUGCCACACGCCCUUUGGAGGGUUUAAGGAAUCUGGCAAUGGGAGGGAGCUGGGGGAGGAUGGGCUUAAGGCCUACACGGAGGUGAAGACAGUUACCAUCAAGAUUCCUCAAAAGAACUCGUAAGAAUGGCUACCACUGGACCCACCUCCAGCACAGAGUUGCAUGGACCCCUAGACCAUGGUUGCCAAGUCGUUUUUUAGCCUCGGAUCCUACUUUAUUUUUUUUUCAAAUGAACUCUUAGAGGGAAGCUCGACAAAUAAAGCAAUUAAAAUGAGAACUACUCUCAUUAAAGCAGGGCUGGGGACUGGACUCAGGUCCUAUUCACCUGUGCGUCAGCCCAGCCCCCUCCACGGCCCUGAGUUACUUCCAUGAAAUCUUGGGAAUCUCUGGAAAGUAGAUUAUAAUCUGGACAGUGCCUUUUAGUUCUUCCUUCUGAUCCGAGGACCCUCCCCCCCCUCCCCCCCGCCACACACCCAUGGAUUAACCUAAUGCUUAGUUGAUGGUCUCAGUUCAUACAGAAUGAUGGUCUCAUUCAGAGUUUCAAACUAGGUGGAUUCCAAAUCUUGGCCCCAUUCUUCAGUGACUGAACCUAAAAAACCAAGGAUGCUUUUCCUUUUUAAAGUACCAGUUGCUGGCUAUUUUGCUUGCUUACCCUGCAUUUUGCUACUGAUUUUCAUUAAUUUGAGGAAAGAAGUGGGCAAAUAAUGCAUUUAUAUAACCGCUCCUUUAAGAUAAACAACUCAAGCAUCCAUUAGGUAGUGAGUAGGUAAAUGAAAUGUUUGCAUGGAACGUUCCUUGUGCUAGUCAGCCAUAAAAAAGGAAUGAAGUCCUGACACGUGCCACAAUAUGGAUGAACCUUGAAACCAUUAGGCUGAGUGAAAGAAGCCAGGCAUGUGUACAAGGCCACAUAUUGUAUGAUUCCAUUUGUGUGAAAUGUCCAGAACAGGCAAAUCCAGAGACAGCACAUUCGCAGUUACCAGAUGUUAGGGGAGGAGGAAGUAGGGAAUAACUGCUAAUAGGUGUAGGAUUUCUUUUGGGAAGGUUUCAAAGGGUUCUGAAACAGGAUAAUAAUGGUGGUUGUAUAACUUUGUGAAUAUACACAAAAGUGCUGAAUUGGCCCAGGGAUUCACAUAAAAGGGUGAAUUUUAUGAUAUGUGAAUUAAUUUCAGUUAAAAAUUAAAGAUACUUAUACAUUGUU